AUGGAGAGAGUUAUGAAGGUGCGCAACUGGAGAGAUGCUUCGAAAAAAGCAGCCAAUAUGGCUGGGUUUGAUAAUUCAAACAAAACAGGGACAGAUGCCAAUUUCGUUGAGAAAGUUGUCAAAGAUAUUUUGACCAAAUUGAAUCGGAAAUCGUCACCUGAUUUAAAGGGACUAGUUGGACUUGAAUGGAAAAUUGAGCAAAUAGAAAGGUUAUUAUGCAUUGAUUCGCCAAAUGUUUGCACCGUUGGUAUUUGGGGCAUGGGUGGCAUUUGCAAGACCACUCUUGCUGAUGUUGUGUAUCACCGACUUUCUUCUGAAUUUGAAGCUUCUUGCUUCCUUGCAAAUGUUAGGGACGAGUCAGAAAAACAUGGACUAAAGCACUUGCGAAAUGUCCUUCUUCGUGAGAUAUUAAAUGAAAAAGAUCUAACCAUCGGCACUCCAUCUAUAGGAUCAACUUAUGUUCGAGAAAGGCUCAGCAAUACAAAGGUCCUCGUUGUUCUGGAUGAUUUUGGCUCUGGGAGUCGAAUAAUUAUAACGACAAGGGACAGGCGCCUACUUAAGAAAAAGGUUGAUGAUGAUAAGAUAUACAAGCGGAUACUCUUUGCUCGUUGGGAUCUCUCUUAUUGUUACGCUUUCAUAUUUUGGGCUCUCACCUCCUCUCGUGUUGCAAGCCUUGUGGCUGAAGAUGCUUUUGGUUUGCCCUGCCUAGUGUCACGGGAUGACUUUUUCGGAGUCUUCCUUUCGUGCGGCCUUAGACUUGAUCGCCUCUCGAACAAGCUAAGUCAGCCUCCUUCCUACAACACAAGAUCGAACCAAGCAAAGAACAAUCGCAAGAGCAAGAACAGUAAGAAUGCUUAA